GCCAAAAAUUAGGAUUUUGUUCGGUUCCGUGUCACCUGUUUGAUCAACUGCUCAAGGUUCCAAACUUCCAUUGGCUCACACUCCAAGAUUUGCCGCGUUAGUUGUAAGCCGAAACUCCCCACACUCCAUUUCUUGCCAGGUCCAAAACUCGGAAUCUCGAAAGUUUCUUCCUUCAUUCCUUCAUUCUCCCACCAGAAAGCUGCUGAAACUGUCAUCCAUCUUCAAGCCUCGAGAUUAGAGUAUAUAAAGUUCUGUGUUGAUUGAUUUGAGGAAGCUAUAAGCUCUUUGUUGUCAACUGCUCGAGGAAGCUGAAAGUUUUUGAUAAACAAACUAUGACAAAUGGGAAUGCAAGCCUUGGUGAAUGUUCUACUUCAACUUCAUCCAGCAGUCAACAAGACAUAGAGGAUGAUAAGAUGAUUGCCAUGGUGCUCUCUGAGGAGUAUGCUAAAUUAGAUGGGGCAGUUGGUCAAAGGGUUUCCCAUCUAGCACCUAUUCCUCAUGUUCCAAAAAUAAAUUCUUACAUCCCGGACUCGAGUGAUGCUAGUUUGGAUUACCAGCGGUUAUUUCAGAGGCUAAAUGUUUAUGGUUUAUAUGAAGUCAAGGUCUCAGGAGAUGGCAAUUGUCAGUUCCGAGCUCUUUCAGACCAGCUUUAUAGGUCCCCAGAGUAUCAUAGGCAAGUCAGGAAGGAGGUUGUGAAACAGCUGAAGGACUACCCUAAUUUAUAUGAAGGUUACGUUCCAAUGAAGUACAAGCGUUAUCGGAAGAAAAUGGCUAAAUCAGGUGAGUGGGGGGACCAUGUUACACUACAAGCAGCAGCCGAUAAGUUUGCAGCCAAGAUAUGCCUUUUGACAUCGUUUAGAGAUACUUGCUUUAUCGAGAUUAUUCCACAAUAUCAAGCGCCUAAGCGAGAGCUCUGGUUAAGCUUUUGGUCUGAGGUGCACUACAAUUCACUUUAUGAACUGCGAGAUGCUCCAGUACAGCAUAAACCGAAGAGGAAGCAUUGGUUGUUCUAAAGAGCAAGAACUUAUCGUGGUAUUGUUCCAAAAACAGUCAGAAAUCAACUGGUAAUCCUGAGUUCCCCAUACACAAUUUCUUUGCCUCAACCUGUAGGGUACACUAUAUUGGCGAUGCAAUUCAUUAACAAUUUAUAUAAGAAUUGUUAUAGUCAGUUUGGAAUACGUAUAAUUAUUACAUGUAACAGUGUAAACUCGAUUAUCUAUACAGGAACCUACUCUUGGCGUUAAAAGUUUCUGUCAUCUUAUCAUAUGUCAAACAUAUUGUUCUUAUGUUCA